AUGGCGCCGAUUGUCCAUAUUCUGAUGUACGUGGACAACCAAUUAGCCAUCAGCCAGAUCACAGGCAAAACCUCAUCGAUCAAGGCCAAUUACAUCGACAUUAGGCAUAAGCGUCUGCGCGACCUCGCUCAACGCGGUAUCGUCACGACGAAGCACGUUUCGUCCGAGCUGAUGCUCGAGGACCUGAUGACGAAGGCCCUUGAUGCGAUCAAUCUGGAAAUGCUGCAGAGUCUGAUGCGGUUCCAUCAAGAUCUGGAUGCGAUGAAGGGUCGGAGGAGAGAGAGAGAGGGCAAGAAGGUUGCGUCGGAGUGUGCUUCAUGGUCGGGGCGCGCGUAA